UCUAAGUUCUAACGAAGUAGCGGAACAGCAUGGAAGGGAGCCAACUCCAAAGCCCAAACACACAAGCAGACACAGCCAUGGCUGCCGGCUGCGACGGAGCUAGAGAGCCCACCACCACCACCACCACCACCAUCACCAAAUCCACCGCCAAACGCAAGACCUGCCAGAAAACUCGGCUAAUGCACCAACAUCAGAAGCAGAAGCACCUCUUAACUCUCAUUUCGAGGGCCACCUCGGCCGCCCACUCCUUCCUCCGCCGCCACGACCUCCGCCUCCUUCCUUCCCAGAUCCUAACCCUGGAGUCCCUCCUCUCCUCCUCUUUCCUCUCCAUCUCCUCCCUCCUCUCCUCCUCUUCCCCCUCCCGGUCUCUUCCUCCCCAACCUCCCCAACAAUGCUGGUUCCACCGCCUCCUCUCCGCCUCCACCCAACACGACCCCCGCUGGUCCCACUUCUUCCACAUUUCCAAACCCUCCUUCACUCUCCUCCUCUCCUUCCUCUCCCCUCUUCUCUCCACCUCUCUUCCCUCCGUCCCUCCCGAUUACGCUCUCGCCUCCGCGCUUUACCGCUUGGCCCACGCUGCGCCCUACAAGGCCGUGGCACGCCGCUUCGGGCUCCGUUCCGCCGAGGCCUGCCGCGCGUUCUACGCGGUGUGCAAGGCCGUGAAUGAGAGACUGGGGCAUUUGUUCGAGCUUAGAGCUGAUACAGACAGAAUUGUGGUGGGUUUCGGGUGGAUUUCGCUGCCCAAUUGCUGCGGAGUUUUGGGGUUUGGGAGGUUUGGUGUUGAAGGUCAGGUGCUUGGAAAAAAUGGGUCGGUGAUGGUUCAGGCAUUGGUGGACUCUGAAGGGAGGUUCUUGGACGUCUCCGCCGGGUGGCCCAGCACGAUGAAGCCUGAAGCCAUUUUCCGUCAGAGUAAGCUCUAUUUGGGAGUUGAGCAAUCGAGGGAGUUGUUGAAUGGGCCAAUGUAUAAGCUUAGCGAUGGCAAUUCGAUUCCUCAGUACAUAUUGGGGGAGUCUUGCUUCCCUCUAUUGCCUUGGCUUUUAACACCCUAUGUCAGAGCUAACGAGGAAGAUAGUUUUGGUUCGUCGGAACGGAAAUUUAAUUCCGUACAUAGUCGGGCAAUGGGAUUGGUUUGCACGGCGUUUGGGAGAGUUCGGGCUCGGUGGCAGCUUCUGUCGAAGCGGUGGAAGGAGGAGUGUGUUGAGUUUUUGCCUUUUGUUAUUGUUACAGGGUGUCUGCUGCAUAAUUUUCUGAUUAAGUGCAGCGAGCCCAUGCCGAAUGAAAAUCUGGGGUGCUUAAGGGAAGGGGAAGAACUCUCUGUUUUUGAGGGAGAGCUGGAUGAGAGUGCGCAGAGGACCAGGGAUGCCCUUGCCUCGCAUUUGAGCCGGGUAAGCAUCAGAAGAUGAAUGCUUUGCUUACAUUUGUAGAUUGUAGUUGCUCUGCCUUUCUGUAGUUCUUGUUAAUAUUGGAUUUGGAUGACUUGGAAUUCAGACAGGAUGUGCUUUAGUAUAUGCUUGUGUUGAUGAUUACCUUAAGUGUCUGAAUUCAUUCAUCAACAAUGAAGAGCAACAUAUAAAAACAUUAGCCAUGCAUAUAAGAUGUGGAGAUUGGAUAUCCAAAUUUGAAGGUGUCUCAUGCGGCAUCUCUCCCCUUGAUUGUUUGACCAAAAUAAGAUGAAAAGAUUCUGAUUUUGCAGCAACAUGAUUCUGGAGUGACCAUUAUGAAUAGGAGGCCCCAAAGAAGUGUAUUUUCCUCAAAAAUGCUUUAAUUGAAGGCCACAAAUCACAGUUUCCUUUCUCAGGUUGCUGCAGGAGAGGUUGAUUCAUGAAAAGCUUAAUUAUGGACUGAUCUGAUAUGGGACAAAAGCCAGAAACAUUUGUGCUACUAACAUGGAUGUUAUGAUAUUCAGGCAACGAGGAAUUGUGCUAGAGACAUCACUAUAAGAAGGAGAAAGAAGCUUAAUUUGUCAAUGCGGCAGUGCCGUUGCCAAAUUCAAUGAGGUGGUGCUUCUUGCGGGCGAAUAGGAAAUUAUUAAUAAUCCAUUCUUCAAUUUGAAAAUCUAUAACACAAACAUGUAAUGGAACACCCCAACUCUCUGGACAACGAUCCUGUAAAUUUCAAAUGAAAUGAAUAUGAGUAAUGCUAAGUACACAGUUUCAUCCAGAUGGUGGGUGUUUCCUUCAUCCAGAUGGUGGGUGUUUCCUUCACAAUUAGUGGAAUGGGGAUCACUUAUUAGAGUGGUCCUCACGAAAGUGAAAAGAAAAAACCUUUCUAUCCAGAUGAAAAUGUGGUACGUAACAUUACUCAAUGGAUUCUACUGUCUAUUUUAUGGUUAUGAUUUAAAGUUUGUGUAUCUAAUGGUAUAAAUGAUUCCAUAUUAUUUUAUUUUUUUUUAAAAAAAAAAACGUGUCAACAUUUACUUCAUACAUACACUAUUAUAUGCACAAACUUUAAAUAAUAAUCAUAAAAUGGAUACUAUCCAUUUCAUUUGAAAUAAAGAGGAUCCUAUUCCCAACUUGUUAGGGUUAGUUUUGUUAUCAUAAAAGCUUCAUACGCAAAGGCAUUAAGGACCUGUUUGA